AUGUCUUCGAACCAGCGGCCCGUCUCCGCCCUCGGCGCCAGCAGCGGUGUCGGCGGCGGACGAGAGAAGACGUAUUUCGAGACGCAGCGCGAGGCCCUGAUUGGCGAGAUUGCUAUGAGCUUCGAGCACGUCCUCGCCAACAUCAACAAGCUGAACCGGUCAUUGGAGGCUGUGAUUGCCGUCGGCAACGAGUUCUCCUCGGUCGAGGCGCUGUGGUCGCAGUUCGAGAACGUCAUGGCCAAGGACCCCGAGGACGAGCAAGGCGAAGGGGAGAACGACAAGCCGGAGGACCAGGAGCACGAAGAGGGCGAGCGGACGCCGACGAAGGACGAGGAGCGCGCUGGGAGGUGA